CACAGAAAUAAUGCCUCCUCAGUACUCCCCUAGUCUCCGCUUGAGGCUUCCACUUUUGGCCUUCCUGCUUGAAACAAUCUUUAUCCUACUGUUUGUAUUUUUUGUGAAAAUAGAUCACCAUGAACAGGUUCACACAAAGUUUGACAGAAAGACUUUCAUGCGCUCAUAUGCAGAAUUCCAAGAUGUCCAUGUGAUGAUAUUUAUGGGAUUUGGAUUCUUGGCCACUUUCCUUGUAAGAUAUGGUUUUAGUGGAUCAGGUUUUAACAUGUUGGUGGCAGCAAUGUCCAUCCAGUGGGCCAUCUUAAUGAAUGGCUUUCUGCUGCCACAACGUCACUACAGCAGAGAGAUCUACGUCAAUUUGAAGAGCUUGAUUGAGGCAGAGCUCUGUGCAGCUUCUGCCCUGGUUGCGAUGGGAGCGGUCCAUGGGAAGACAAAUCCGGUCCAGCUUCAGCUUCUGGCCAUGGUGGAGGUCACAGGGUUUGUGGUCAGUCAGUGGAUCCUGAGAACUCUGCUCCAUGCAGAUCCACUGUACAGCAUCAUGCUCCUGCACAUCUUCGGGGCUCUUUUUGGUGUGAUGGUGUCAUGGGUACUGCACAGAGAGGGCAUCAAACCACAGCACGAAAAAGAGAAAACUGACCGUAGGAGUGGCUUAUUCUCCAUGUUGGGAAUGCUUUUCCUGUGGAUGUUCUGGCCUAGUUUUAACUCGGCACUGGUGUAUCACUGGGACAGAGGGCUUAAGCUUACUGUCAUAUAUGGGACGUAUCUGUCUUUGGCCGUCAGCGUUGUCAUUGCGAUGUCCAUCUCUAUGCUGUUCAGUUCCAAAGGAAAAAUUAACAUGGUGCAUGUUCAGAGCUCCGCCCUGUCUGGUGGUGUUGCCAUUGGAGUUGCCAUGACAGCAGUCCACGCUCCAUGGGUUGCCAUGAUGAUUGGCUUCUGUGCCGCUUUAUUAUCAACUCUGGGAUUUCGAUAUAUGAAGAGUCACAUGCUGUUUGCUUUUGAGUGUCAUGACACCUGCGGCGUACUUAAUGUGCACGCCAUACCAGGAAUUCUUGGAUGGCUUGCUCAUCUACUUCUACAGCUGACCAGUACUGAAAGCACAAUAGCUGUGCAGUUUGCAGUACAUCACAUCUUUGUCCUCCUCAUAACUGUGUGCAUGAGUAUGGUGAUGGGCACGGCCACAGGCCUUUUCCUUAAAUGGAGCUUCUGGAGAUCUCAGCAGGACAGGAAGUGCUUUGAUGACCAGGCAUUCUGGGAGUUUCCAAAUUUGGUGGAACAAAAGUGAAGCACAGCAACAGAGGACUCAGGACAUAAAAAUCACAAAUGCAAUAAAUACAAAGUGUACGUGUGUGAGAGGUUGCCUAAAUAAACAUAUUUCUAUUUUAAAUGUCUUGGAAUGGAAAACAAUAUAUUUUCUAAGAGAUAAGUCAUCCUAAACAAGGCCAAGUACAUUUC